AUGAGUAAGCCUUUGGAAGAUUAUUGGCAAACUGUAAAACGUAUCUUAAGGUAUCUCAAAGGGACUUGCACUUUUGGAUUGCUUCUUCAGGCUGCCAAUCCUCGGGUUCCAUUCUCUUUGACUGUUUCCUGUGAUGCUGACUGGGCUAGUGACCCAAAUGAUAGAAGAACAACUUUUGGAGCUUGUUUAUUCUUGGGUCCAAAUCUGGUUUCUUGGUGGUUGAAGAGGCAAACCCUUAUUGCCAGAUCUACAGUUGAGGCAGAAAAUAGGAGUCUUGCUCUUGCUUGUUCAGAAGUCCUUUGGGUCAAGUCUCUCUUCAGUGAACUGCAACUCCUUUUAUCUAUACCUUAG